AUGCUUGUUCCUCCAAGCAUCAAGCCAUACAACGAGCCCGAGUCGCAGACCGUAGGCGAUCACGGUGUAGGCGUCUUGUCCCAAAGAGACUUCAUCUACCGGCACAACAUCGCGCACAGGGCUAUAGCGCUGCCCAACAUCAUGAAGGGCGUCUGGUUGAUACUCCCCGACGAUUACCACCCGUGCGGAGCCGUGCGGAUGCAUCGCUCCCCAGCCGGCGUCUACGACGUUGUUGCUGUGUCACUUCCUCGAAUCGACUAG